CGUUUUCCGCCACCGCCUUCAAUCAUUUCGCGAGAAAUCGUGUCUAAUCGCAUUCGGUAUUAUUAUUUGUAAAUUAUAUUUUGUAGCAAUAAUUUCUUAUCUGUAUCAAAGUCCAAUUAAAUGUACGAUGAAGUGGUAAUGCAAUUUCGUCAUUGCGUGAUAUAAAGGUGCGCUGCAAUUUGUAAUUCCAAUUUGUAAACGCACAAGUGUCGUUUGAUUACUCAUCUCAGUCGUUUGAACAUUGUUUUCAUUUUGUGUUCACCAUGUCUUCUGAAUCGGUUAAAAGCUUUGUCAGCUUGGAAACACCAGGAUACGUGGGAUUCGCCAAUCUUCCGAAUCAGGUGCACAGGAAAUCAGUCAAGAAAGGGUUCGAAUUUACGUUGAUGGUUGUAGGCGAAUCGGGUUUGGGAAAGUCUACCCUCGUUGACAGUUUAUUCGAUACCGAUAUAUAUCCGGAAAGAACUGUUCCUAGCGCUGCCGAAAAAACCAAAAAAACCGUCAAAGUUGAAGCAUCUACGGUGGAAAUUGAAGAAAAAGGUGUCAAGCUGAGAUUGACUGUUGUAGAUACCCCAGGCUACGGCGAUGGAAUUGACAACUCCGAUAGUUUUCGUGCCAUUAUUCAAUACAUCGAUGACCAAUUUGAGAGGUUCUUGAGAGAUGAAAGCGGAUUGAAUCGUAGGAAUAUUACCGAUAACAGAGUUCAUUGCUGCUUCUAUUUUAUUUCACCAUUUGGCCAUGGACUGAAGCCUCUGGACGUAGAAUUCAUGAAACAACUUCAUAAUAAAGUUAAUAUCGUUCCUGUCAUCGCCAAGUCCGAUGCUUUAACCAAGAAAGAAGUUUUAAGACUGAAAAUGAAAGUCAUGGAGGAGAUUGAAAAAAAUAAUAUAAAAAUUUAUGCUUUACCGGACUGCGAUAGUGAUGAAGAUGAAGUUUACAAGGAAAAGAUACGUCAGCUGAAAGAAGCAGUACCGUUUGCCGUUUGUGGUGCUAAUACUUUGAUCGAAGUGAAAGACAGAAAAGUACGCGGACGUGUUUAUCCCUGGGGUGUUGUAGAAGUUGAAAAUCCGGAGCAUAACGAUUUCAUCAAGUUACGAUCAAUGCUAGUCACUCAUAUGCAAGAUAUGCAAGACGUUACUCAAGAGGUACAUUACGAAAAUUAUAGAUCCGAAAGACUGGCUAAAGGUGCACCUAUACCAAAGAGAACAACUUCGUUACCGGAGUAUGAAAAAACCAACGGAACUACCGAAUCUAUUUCGGAGAAGGAUCGUAUAUUGAAAGAGAAAGAAGCUGAACUGAAACGUAUGCAAGCAGAGCUGGAGAAAAUACAGGCUCAAAUACAACAGAAAGCAGCCUAAUUUUAAUUUAAACAGAUACUAGGAUCUUGCCAUUUUUCAAACUCUUUACCAGUUUAUUUUUUUACAUUUUUAUAGAUAUAUUUAUUUUUUUAUUUUUUUUUUACGAACAUAAUUCCAUAUAGGCGUACUUAUUUCUCUUUUUGAAUCGUGUAAUUUAAUCGCUUUAGUAGAUGACGAAUGGUCGUUCGUUUGUACUUAAAAUUAUCGUUAAGCAAAGAAAUUUAACGCUUGGAUACUUUCAUAUCUAUUAUUUACUUUGCGGCAUUAUGUUUGUUUUGUUUCGUUCUUUUCUAUUUAUCUUUUUUUUCGCAUAAUUAUCAAUGCUGCAUUUUAUUUUUAUAUUUUUGUAAGUUUACCAUUUUGAUAAUGAUUGAAUCAAGUCAGUAUGAGCUUACGAACAGUGAAGUAUAUUUUGUAUCGAAUCGAACAAAUUUUUUAAAAAGAUUAAUUUUAUCGAUAUCAAAUUUUUAUACGAAAACUUGGUCUUGUUUUCUUUUAUAUACGUGAAUAUUUAUUUUAUACGUAGAUUUAAAUUUUUGGAAUAAAUUUUACGGGAUGAGUAA